AAUCUGCUAAUCACCCACAAACACAUUAAACAAACCAAAAUUUAGAUAUGGCAAUUACUACAACGUACAUUUUUUGUGCAAUUUUACUAGUGCUCCUUACUUUGGUUCCACACACAACCCAGUCAAAACCAAAUGCUAGCCCCUUUAGCUUCCUAGAGAGUUUAGAAGGAUGCAAGAAGGGCCAAAAUGUAGAUGGCCUUCACAAGCUCAAAAGUUACCUUACAAAGUUUGGGUAUCUCCAAAAUCACCAAGUGUCCAAAAAUGAGGUAACUACUACCAAGUCUAUCAAAGAAGAUGAUGAAUUAUUUGACGAGCACCUCGAAAAGGCGAUUAUAACCUACCAGCAGAAUUAUAGGUUAAAUGUUACGGGGUAUUUGGAUGCUGCUACGAUGAAACAAAUGAUGAAACCUCGAUGUGGGUGUGCGGACAUUAUGAAUGGUAGAAAUACCUCCUCGGCCUCGACCAUAGUGGAGAUAAGAGUGCUGUGAUGUAUCCGUAUAUUGCUCCAGGCGAGAUGAAGAGAGAGCUCGUAGUGGACGACGUUCAAGGCAUUCAAGCCUUAUACGGCUCUAACUAAAACCCGCCCGUUAUUGCUUACGAUAUAUGUUAAACUUACAAUAUGUGAAAUGUAUGCUCAUUUUCUGUUUUAGUAAACGGCUUGCCCUUUGAAAGAAAUGGUAUUUUACCCCUUUUUUAUAUAACAAAAUUAAUGAAAAAAGUCAUACUCCGUAUCAA